GGCCUCGCCUAAAAAUCCCGGUCGCUCUCGCAGUCUCGCUGUCCUCAAGCUCCAGCUCCCCCAACCCCCCUCACCUCGGCGGCCGCCCAAAACCCUAACCCUAGCCCGCCCCCCUGCCCGAGCUCCGGCGCCGGGGACAUGGACGGCGGCGGCACGCCCCGCACGCCGGAGGACGUGUUCCGGGACUUCCGCGCGCGCCGGGCCGGCAUGAUCAAGGCGCUCACCACCGACGUGGAGAAGUUCUACCAGCAGUGCGACCCAGAGAAAGAGAAUCUGUGUUUGUAUGGCCUUCCCAAUGAAACAUGGGAAGUGAACUUGCCUGCAGAAGAGGUUCCUCCUGAACUUCCAGAGCCAGCUCUAGGAAUUAAUUUUGCACGUGAUGGAAUGGAGGAGAAAGAUUGGUUGUCACUUGUCGCCGUACAUAGUGAUGCUUGGCUGCUGGCUGUGGCAUUUUACUUUGGAGCAAGAUUUGGGUUUGACAAAGAAUCCAGGAAGCGGCUCUUUGUCAUGAUUAAUAACCUCCCUACCAUAUAUGAGGUUGUCACAGGAACUGCGAAGAAGCAAACCAAAGAAAAAACUCCGAAAAACAGCAGCAAGAGCAAUAAAUCUGGCACAAAACCACCACAGCAACCAGAACCCAACUCAAGGGGUUCCAAGAUGCCACCUCCAAAGGAUGAGGAUGACAGCGGAGGCGAGGAAGAUGAGGAAGAGGAUGAUCAUGAAAACACAUUGUGUGGUUCAUGUGGCGACAACUAUGGACAGGACGAGUUUUGGAUAUGCUGUGAUGCCUGUGAGACAUGGUUCCAUGGCAAAUGUGUCAAGAUCACUCCCGCCAAAGCCGAGCACAUCAAGCACUACAAGUGUCCGAACUGCAGCGGUAGUAGCAAGAGAGCCCGAGCAUGAUCCUGGUGGGUAUAUCCAUCGCUCAUGCCUGUAGAACCAAGAGGUUGACUCGCUGUAAAACAUCCACAUGGGACCGACUGCCCCCAUGGUUUCGCAUUCAGUCGUUGCUUUCAGUGUAGGACCAGCUGUAGGGUCUUGAUGUGCUGUUUGUUGUAUGUCAAAGACAUUCUAGAUCUUCUGUUGUUAGUAACUAGCAACUAACUGUAGUAGCCUGUAUUUCUUCAAGCUUCUCCCAGCGCGCCUGUAGUAUUGGAUUUGGGAAUAGCUUUAGAUCUCAGUUGUGCAUUAUGUAUCACCAUGUACUCAUGUUAAUUCGUUAAAAGGUUGUGUGCUGCUAUUUCCCAUCGCCA